UCUCCUUCAGUUUCAAGAACUGUGAAACCCGCCUCUUUACAUACUCUCUCUCUCUCUCUCUCUCGCUUCUCUCAGCCGUCGCGAUGUGGCUUUCUAGGGUCUGGUCAUGGUUAAUGGGUCCGACGGAAGACGAGCAGAUGCCCGAUUUAGAAGCGGGCAACCCAACGAGUCCACUGGAAGACGAACAGAUGCCGGAUUUAGAAUCUGCCCACGGCCCCUACGCGUCCUCUUCCUCCUCGUCUGGUCUCGGCUUCCCCGACGAGAUGAGCAUGGAGGACCAGUUGGACGGCCAGAUCCAGUCUUGCGUAGCAGAAUGCCGCGGCCUCCGAGAACGGAUCGUCCCCAUCCUAGAGACCCUGCGGCGUGUCAGAAAGGGUCCGUCUUGGCAACAGGAAAUCAAGGACUGCGCCGGCCGUAAAGCCCAGAUGGAACAAGAUCGCGAGAGGCUGUCGAAAGAGUAUCAAGAUUGCGAAUCGAUGGUACAAGAUCUUUCUUGUGCAACUACGAUAUGUUUGCUGGUUUCUCUGAAGCUGAUCUCUGGGUUUCGUCUCUAAUGUAGUUGUACUGUUUGCCUUUUUUUUUGCCCUCUGCUUCUCUUUCUUGCUUCUUUCUUCUAUAAAGAUCUCUGUUUCCAUAAUACUGUGGUCGAACCAUAUCAUGACCCUUCCAGCAUCAAUGUCUUCAUCAUGCUUCUGCUAGAAUGGUUAGACAAUGUUAUGAUUUCAUAUUUCUGAGCCUAUGUAGAUCAAGGGAGAGAUUUAAGGAAAUAAUUAUUUGAUGUGGAAAAGAGAUCCAUGAGCAAUGGAGUUUGCAAUCUGUUGGCCAAUAAUCUUGGAACACCCUGUACUUGCUUGUCAUUUUGCCUUCUAAAUGCUAG